AUGGAAGCCGAGGUGCAACGUACAAAAAGCUUUGUCAUGUGUGAUCUGGCCGCUCGGCUCAGCAUUAAACUGAUAGAAGCAAAUGAUGCAACGUACUGUUUGUUCCUGACCGUUUCAUCCUAUCCCAGAUAUAACGGACUCUUGGUCUCGCCCACAGUAACAGUUUCAUGUCUCCGACCAGGUGCUACAUUUGAAGCAACAGUUUCUAAAGAUAUUGAUUGCCCAGAUUACGAAAGAAAGAUGCAUUCACACAAUAUCGAAUCAAGCCACAGGAACAACUUUUUGUAG